UGUACAUUCCCAUGUUAUUAAUGAUGAGAAUACCAGACAUGGCGGGAGUUUAACACGUGUCCGUUGCUUAGUGACAGACCGUCAACAAAACUUCGUGAAUAAAGUGGCAGACUGUGGCAGACAUGGCAUAGCUCCCAUCUAAAGGGAAAAUGGAAAAUUUUUAAUGUCGUAAAUCGAAUCACUUUGCAUUGUUCAAAAUUUUUUAAGAGAACUUUCUUUUGCUCAAUAAUUAUCUUUUAUUAUUAUAAUUAUCGAGAAUCGUAUAUUUGAAUUUUUCGUCAGAAAUGACAAGAUGUAUGAAGAAGGUUAAUCUAAAAAGCAGCACUUAUAAUCAAACGGGACAGAAUUAUUUUGAGCAAUUGGCGGCGUAUAACUCAAUGAGCGCGCAUCUGCGACGAAUUUUAUUGGCAAGAAGCAUAGUUGAUACAAGAAAUAAAAUUUAUUUGAAAAAAAAUCAGCGAUACAAAGUGCAAAGAACUGAUGAUAGCGAAGUCUGUAUGCGUCUGGAAGCAACGGACGAUGUCAUUGAUAGAUUGGCCUAUGAUAUUCGACAUCAUCCCAUGGAUAUGUUAGGAAUAUGUUUAAACGCAAAGCAUCUGGACUUUUGCAAUUGUAAUUUAGAUCAAUUGAAAGCUUGUAGUAGUCAUAUAUAUUGUGACGAAAUUGAUCAAAUGGAUCGACGGCAACGAUUAAAGAGUGAAAGAAUAAGAUCAUCAUGUUUGCUGAAACGUAAAAAAUUUGCAAAUUUUAUUUGCAAAAAGGAGCUGAAAUCUACGAUAUGUCCUAAAUUUACGCGAGAUGUCCCUAAUAUAUUGCGACAGAGGUGUAAAUACAAAAAAGAGCUCCGAGCUCCUUGCGCAGAUACUAGAUUAGAUUCAACGAUGUUUAAAUCACAAUCUCAAUCUCCAAGACAGACAAAAAUCGAUUAUCGCAUGGUAUCUGCAAAUGUCUCGCAAUGUUACAAUUUUGAUUGUGAUGAAAAAUAUAUCAAAGACUCCAUUUCCAAACGAUUCAUAUUUCAAAAAGAAGAAGAGAAGAAAUAUAUUAAAUUUGUUUACGACAUCACCAAAGAAAUAAUGCAGAGAGGUCUUUAUACCGAUAAAGAGUUGCAGGACGUAUUUAAGAAGCACAUUAAUCAAUAUAAAGGAAUAUUAAACAUGAGUAAAAUGCUGUACGAGAUUUAUCAGUUAAAGAUCUCCUUAAAUAUAGUGGAUGAUUCAGAUACAGACGAAGAGCUAGAAGAUUUGAUCCAUGCACAAAAAUUAUUAAGUGUAUCUGAGAUUAGGCCACCUACACCGCCGAAGGUUUUGGAUGAAAAUAAAGUGAUGGAAAAAUUAGAAUCUUAUCAGAAAAUGAUGAAAGCUGACAGAUCUCCAAACAUUACUAUGAAAUCAGUGAUACUGGUUGACGCGAACCCUGAAUUACUUAUCACCGAAAGAGAUGUGCUGGUAUCAUUAGUGGAAGCAGGUGUAGAUCCUAAACAAAUUCAAAAUAUUUGUAAAAAUCUACGUUACAAGAGUAGAGACAUCAACCCUCCUGAAGGGGCACAAAUAGACAUGGAAACUUUAUAUUCUUCAGAUUUGAAAGUAGACAAUUUAGAACUGGAAGACAACGACAAGGUUUCUGUGAUUGUUGAAAGUGAUAAUUCUGCCGUGGAUAAUUCGAUUGAGUUUUCUGAAAAACAAGGAUCGAGUUUUUCGACACCGAAUUUCGUAUUCACGCAAGACAGUGGAACAAAAUCUGAAAUCACAUCUGAACAUGAUGAUAAAGUAGAAUCGUAAACUGAAUUAAUGAAUUUAUUUCUGUUCCUUCGUUAUGAACAUUUGCUUUCAACGCCUUGCUCGUCAUAUUGUCCUUAUAAAUAUUUAUAUAUCGCCCUCGAGUAACUUAUUGUAUUAGCAACUAAAUAAACAUUGGCUUAUGCAAUAUUUAGUUUAUGCAGGAAAAUGAUUUACUUAUUACUUGAUAAUAUAUCAAUGUUGAGAAACAAAGAACGCUGAUUUUAUUUCACAUUCAUAUAUAUAUAUAUCUUUUAUUCAUCUGUUCUCUUAUAUUGGAUUUCACAAUACAUCUGUAUGAGGAUCUGUGGUUUGUAAUUCGUCCAACAAGCUGAAUUCUCAACA